GAUGUUCUGUUUACUAUUAUUGUUGAUAUAAUUAUGGAUGUGGGUUUGUGUGAAUUUGAUUUCCUAAUAAAUUGUUGAAAUUUCUUUGAUUGGGACAGUUUUCUAAUAAAAAAUAUAUUUGAACAUUAUCGUGAACAAAAUGAACGCUUCUCAUUGAAAUUAUGGCAAAUUUGAAACCAGGAAAUCAAAACACUCGGAAAAAGGUUCAGGUUUCUAUGGUAAUAUGUGCAGCAGAAGAGGAAAGGCAUAGGUCAGGUGUGAACGCCUUACAGUUAGACCCUGCCUUAGACAGGUUAUAUUCAGCAGGAAGGGAUUCUAUCAUAAGGGUUUAUGAACAUGAAAAAUUCCUUCAUGGAAUGGAACAUCACACCGACUGGGUCAAUGAUGUUGUACUAUGUUGUGGAGGAAGGCACUUGAUAUCUGCUAGCUCUGACACUACUGUCAAGGUAUGGAAUGCUCAUAAAGGAUUUUGCAUGUCAACAUUACGCACCCACAAGGACUAUGUCAAAGCUCUGGCUUAUGCUAAAGAGAGGGAACAGGUUGCCUCAGCAGGACUGGACAAAUCUAUCUAUUUAUGGGACAUCAACACUCUGACGGCCCUGACUGCUAGCAAUAACACAGUAACAACAUCUAGUCUCAUGGGUAGCAAAGAAUCUAUUUAUAGUUUAGCCAUGAAUCCCUCUGGCAGUAUAAUAGUCAGUGGAUCCACUGAAAAAGCUUUAAGAUUAUGGGAUCCUAGAACUUGUGCCAAACUUUUCAAGUUGAAAGGUCAUGCUGAUAACGUCAAGGCGUUAGUUGUGUCAAAAGAUGGAACUCAAUGUCUGUCAGGCAGCAGUGAUGGAUCUAUCAAAUUGUGGAAUCUUGGAUCUCAGAGAAAUAUUCAAACAAUUCGCGUUCAUUCAGAUUCUGUAUGGGCACUUUUGGCAACUGAAAACUUUAGUCAUGCAAUAUCAGGAGGGAGAGAUAAGAAAGUAAUAAUGACUGACUUGAAAAAUAUCUCAAAUAGUAUUAUAGUAUGUGUUGAAGAGGCACCCAUCCUGAAGAUGUGUUUCACAGCAGACCAGCAAGCAGUUUGGGUGUCUUCCUGGGAUUCGAGCAUCAGAUGUUGGAAACUGCCCACAGACAAACAUUUCAAAGAGGAGGCCCGAAUGUCCGCCGCCCCUGUGUCUCAGAUUUCUGGCGGGGCGGCAAUAAGGCGAGCUAGCGUCUUGAAUGACAAGAGGCACAUUCUGACGAAAGAUGCUCAAGGAAAUGUUGCAAUAUAUGAUGUUUUGCGGGCGAGGAAAGUGGAUGACUUGGGACAGGUGAAUUUUGAAGAUGAGGAAAAGAAUCGGUUCAAAAUGGUAUAUGUUCCUAAUUGGUUCAAUAUAGAUCUGAAAACUGGGAUGUUAACGAUCCAUUUGGGGCAAGACGAAGUGGAUUGUUUCUCGGCAUGGGUGUCUGCCAGAGAUGCCGGCAUCAGAGACACUCCCGAACCCGAUCACAAAGUAAACUAUGGGAAAUUGUUGCUCCAAGCCCUAUUCGAACACUGGAGGGGUGUCGAAACCGAUCCAGAAAAUAGAAUGUAUUUCAGUGUGCCCAAACAUAUACCUCUCAUUUUAAGUGAGGUUGGCGGUCGAACACUAUACAGGGUACUAGUCGGAGACACUUCAGGCGACACUGAAAACGCCUUGCUGAACGAAACUGUUCCUAACUGGGUGAUAUCAAAUAUAGAGGAAAACUGUACCAACAAAUUCAUCAAAGUGCAGUUUUACCUUCAACCACAUUCCAGUGUACCUUCGCAUCUACUUAAGCAAGAUAGGAUGAAAAAACCUGACAGACUCGUAGCGAAUGACUUUAUACAGUGUCGAAAAGUAGCCGAACACAUUUUAGAGAAGCUUCUUGGCGACGGUACUGCCAGUUCUCCUGGUUGUGGAGAUGCAGAUUCAUCCACCCCAUCGAAUAAUGGUUACAAUGUUGACCAGAUCGAGUUGACGUGUAACGAACAGGUGCUGGAUCCGUCUAUGGAUCUGAGAACAGUCAAACACUUCAUUUGGAAAUCCUCAUCAGAUCUGACUUUGUUUUAUAAAAUUAUCAACAAAUAGUGAUUAUUCUACAAAAAUGUAAAUAUAGAUCAUUAAUUAAUG